UUGACCAAACUUCCCGUUUUCCUGACAGCUGGCUCACUGCGUAACCGAUAACCUCUCCCCUCCCCCCUCUCAGUAUCACAAAUUAGGACGGCCAUUUCUGUUUUCUCUACAACAUUCUAAACAGAAACACAGACAGCCAGUCUAGUAUCGAUCGCGAACAUGAGAGGACCGUUAAUUCCGUCGCCUUUUUGGGCGACGUUAAUCGUCUGUUUAAUCGCAGUGAAUUUGUUAGUGUCUGAAAUCGAAGCUAAACGAAGUUCUGGUAGCCGAAAGUCGGGCAGCAGCAGUUCGGGAGGAUUCUUCUCGUCGAGAAAGAAGACAAGCAACCAACAACCGCAGCCAACCCAACACAAACCGCCAUCUCAACCAUCUCCAACGUCGUCCGGGUCGUUCUUGGACAACGAACGAAAGACUGGAGGCCAUGUUGGAUCGGGUCAGCCCGUAGGCAACCGGCCUGGUGGCAACAACCCCAUCGGAUUCGAGCACUACAACAACAGACAGCCGUCCGCCCCCCUCCCUCCCGGCCAUCAGCCAACAGGUGGACUGGGCUCGGCCUUUGGAGGUGCCAAGCCCAAUAACCCACCCUAUCCUACCCACAACAACCCUGGAGGAUUUGGCAGCAACCCAGGAGGCUUUGGAAGCAACCCUGGAGGCUUUGGUAGUAACACAGGACACCACCCACAAGGAGGAUACAAUUCGCCUGGAGGAUUUGGAAGUAAUACUGGUGGUUUUGGGCAUAACCAGGGUGGAUUUGGAAGUAAUACUGGGCACCAUCCACAAGGAGGCUACAAUUCACCUGGUGGAUUUGGAGGCAAUACUGGUGGAUUUGGAGGUAAUACUGGUGGAUUUGGAGGUAAUACUGGUGGCUUUGGACACAACCAGGGAGGAUUUGGAAGUAAUACUGGUGGACAUCAUCCACAAGGAGGCUACAAUGCACCGGGAGGUGGAUUUGGAGGCACUCAUCACAACAGCCAACCAGGAUAUGGAAAUCAACCACAUUACAACCAACCAGGAGGAUACCAUGGUGGACAACAACAUGGAUAUGGAGGUGGUGCUCCUGGAUACCACCCACCAGCCAACUCCUAUGGAAGUUAUCCAGCUGGAUAUGGAGGACAACCUCACUAUGGAGGAGGCCACAGCCCACAGUACAAUCCAGGUGGUUUUGGAGGUGGCUAUCAUCCAAGUGGUGGCUAUGGUGGUUAUGGUGGACAAGGCUACAUGCCUGGUGGAAAGGUGAAGAGUGGCCCAGGAAUUGGAACUGGAUUGCUUGGAGGUGCUGCAGCUGCUCUGCCUUUGGGUCUACUGGUUGGAUAUGGUUUGGGUUCGAUGGGAUCUCACUCGUCUCCAUUCUCUGGCUCUUCACACUCAGCAGCCCCAGCCUCCCCAGCUGCUGCUGCUGCUCCUGCCAACAACGAUGCCUUCAAUGAGUGGCUCAAACAACGUACAGCUGAGGAGAAGAAGAAGGAAGAGGCAGCCAUUGCAGCUGGUGCAGUGGCAGGUGGUGCAGCUGCAGCUGGAGCUGCAGGUGCUGCAUCUUCAGUACUCAUCAACAAGGAUGGUGUCACAACUGUCAAUGAAACUGCCCUAGUCAGCAGAAUCCUGGAGCAGACAUCUAUGUGCCCUGGUGGAGCUGGUAUUCUGGAAGCCUCAUUCUUGAACACCCUAGUACCCUGCAAUGCAACAGAGGUAGACUUCCAAGAAACCAACUUGACAAUACCAUAUGAGGAUGACUGCAAGACAAUCAAAAUGACACUGAUCCAACUGAACCCUACCACCAAUGAAAACAAGUCUGUUUCAUUAACUAUUAAACAGAUAAAUGUUGAAUCAGGCCUCCCUGGAGACUUGGCCUAUGACAUGAGUUUCGAUUCUUGUUUGUCAGCAAUUGGAAAACCAGAAGAGAAGUUCUGCGUCAACAGGGGUUUCACUAUUGAUCAGUAUCACACAAUCAAUGAAACGUUGGCUUUCCUGCAUACUGCCAACUUCUCAAUCACCCAGUUCAACACGACUCUGUUCCCCAACAUGUCGUGCCCCACUGGUGGUGACUGUGCCAACAAGGAAACCAGGAACCUCACAUCCACCUUUGUGAACCUGUCUCUGCUGCCUCUGCAUCCGGUCACCCUGUUGAUGUCUCAAUGCAUGAUCUUCAACAGAAGCCAGUGCGAUCCAGCCAGCACUCAGCCAUGCGAUUUGCCACAACUGACUGUCAAGCAGUCGAUUGACACCAACACAACUCUGUCGACUGUCGACUUUGCCAGCAUCAACUUCGUGCUGCACGGGUCCAAGGACAUCUUCCUGACAUUCCAGCCGCCCCCACCGCCCCCGCAGGAGAAGGCCGCCCAGAACGCCGACCAGGUCGGCUCGUCGAGCACCCUCACCGACACCACCACCAAGUCCUCGGCCACCACCAUUUGACAAUUACUACACGGCGGCUUCCCCUUGGUUGUCGCCGUGUCGCUAGCCACACUCCACCUUCACAAUAAUUGGUUGUGGUAAUUGCGACGUCGGACGGAUUACUAAACUGGUUUGGCAUGUACGUCGCAGAAGAGAGAAGGAAGAAUGAAUCAUAAUAGAAGAGCUCCAUUCCAAAGAGAGCUACUGAAAGUACCACGUCAUAAAUUUCAACAGGCGCUUUCUCCUUAGCUGUGAACGUCAUUGACAUGCUUGCCAGAAAAAGACAUUCUUCAUUUGCAUUUACACAGACCGCUGAGUCAAAUUUAAACUAAAGACUUAUCUGUCAAUUAUUUUCACAAUAUUCAACAGAAGUUCUGACAGGAGAAUAGUUUUUUCAACUUCUUUAAUGUUCUCUAUGAACUAUUAUUGGUGCGAUUUCAGUGACAUUUGAAACAUACUUCCUCAUUUUGUUUUGUUGAGGCUGUAUUUUGAGAGGAUUGUACAUUUUCAAGUCACUGUCAGUUAUUUUUAUAAUGAAGUUUAUAAAAUAUUGAGGGAUUUACAAGGAUGGUAUUAUAAUUUAAUGACUAGAAAAAUAAUUUUUCACUCAAUCUGUGUCAAUUGAGGAAAAGUUGUUUUAGUCUCAAGUAUUGUUUCGUCUUCUUGAAUAUUUGGCUCUCACAUUGGCUCUUACAAUAAUUCUAUAAUAAUUAAUGGACAAAUAGUUGAAUUAAAAUUUCCACGUCUAUAAUGGGAAUAUGUAAGUUAGUAAACCCAGCUGAACCACAUUACUCAACUUGUUCUAAAAAAUCUUGAAUAACAUAAAAAUCUCUUCUUACAUUCACCAAGAUUGAGGUAUUAUAAUAUACUACUAUAAUAUCAUUAUUCCUUAUUGUGAAAUCCCUCAAUGUAGAGAAUAAAAUUCUCUUAAAUGUUGAAAAACUUCUGGAUUGAGUGUUUUUCCACAACAUGUUAUUAAAAAUUGUAGUUAAAAGAUAUUUUUCUUGUAAAUUUAUUGCGUUGUUUGAAUUCUAAAACUUAGAUUGAGCUGUAAAAGUUGUGUUUAAAUAUUUUGUAGUAUUCUUUAUUGUUUGAAGGGAAUAUUUUUUUAAAUUGAUGUAAGCUAGAUACCUUUAGGGGUUUUACUGAUUUUUGACGAAAGCCUAUAUUUUAAAAGGACUUUUAUUAAGUGUAUCAGUAUAUUUUUGAUAGAUUUCAUGUUCGAAUUCGUCCAAUAAAAUAUAUUAGUUCAAAAUGUGAACGACAAGCUGUCUCAUUGACUGGUUAGAGGCCUUUACUUAGAAUUAUGGGUCCGAUUCAGAGACCAUGAGACAUUCAUUGAAGAUCAUUUUACUAUAUUUUUUCAAUAAAAACGUGUUCUAGACAUUCUUCAAUUUUCUCAUGGUUAUUCUUUUAAUUGCUAACCAGUUAAUUCAAACUUUUGAAUGAAUUAUUUAAACAUGCUUUAAUAUAAUUUGAAAUCUAUCAAUGAUUUAUUUUCAAAUAUAAUUAUGUAAAUAGCUAGUAUUGUAAUAAGAAUAUUACUUUUAUAAUUUCUGAGCAACUAAUUCAAUCGUAUAAUGCACUUUUUCUGUACAAAUACUAUAUUGUACUUGAACAACUUUCACUUUUCUAUUUUUGCACAACUUAUUCGAAUGUAUAAUGCACUUUUUCUGUACAAGUAUUUCAUUGUGUCUCAUCAAUCCAUGUCAUAAGAAAAUGUAAUUUGUGUGACUCCCACCCACUAAAGUUUUCCAAAAAUACAGGUCUGUUCAUCAAACAAUACCAAAUCAUCUUGAUGUUUCUGUUCGAAAAUGUGAAUUGUUAUUAAACGAUUUGGUUGACAGCUAAUUGUAAGUGAUUGGGUGCAAUUUGGUUCAUACAACGUAACUAGCAUUUCAAGUGGCAUUGAACUCGAAUUUUCCCCAAUUAAGUAAGAACUAUUCAAGCCACAAAUGCGUUAUUCAAGCUAGUAUGUUUCGACAACGGGCACGUGGUAAAUGUUCAAAAUUCAUCAUUAAUGUCAGUAACAAUAAGCUCAUGACCAAAUUCUGGGGGAAAUUCAAAUUUCGCUUGGAUCAACAUAAUAAUUAUCCAAUAAAACUGCAUCAUGGUCCAUUAUUAUUGCUCAGAUGUAGCUCUUGUCGUUAUUUCUGACCGGGGUUUACUCAAUGGAGAAGUUCUGAUUUGUUGAACCCAACAAAAUUUCUAAUCACGAGGAAAUCAAGUGCAGAAAUACUUUGGUACAAGAAAUAUCUUCAAAGUUUUCCUCAUAGCAUCUUGAUCAACAGAUCACUGUAUUGUGAUGUUCAUUGGACUUGACCAAGGUUCAUUAAAAACCAGUGCGUUGUGUUGAUCUUAGAGGCUUUGGGGACAACUAAUUUUAAUAGGAAGCAAAGAAUAAUCUUUUUGAAAUAGGAAUUGGUGUUAUUGAUACUGUCAUACGUUCUACUUUAAUAAUCAUGAAUCGAUAUAAUAUAUACCUUAUAUAUAUAUAUAUAUGCCCUAUAUAUAAACAGUACCGUAUACAUGAAAACAACAAUUCUCUAUUAAAAAUAAUUUAUAAUUGUUGUUUAUCGUUCAAUAUCAUUUUCAAAAAUUUCUUCAAUUCACCCUACUCUUUAAGAUGAUGAAAAAUGUUCAGUUUAUUUGAUGUGGGUGGGUUUAAAUAUGCAUUUUUUCUUUUUUUAUAGUUUGAUGUAUGUGAUAAUCUUGUUUUUUCCAAGUUUCUUCAAUUUCUUCUACUUUUCUUUCUCUCUUAUGGUUUGUUUAUAAUUAAGAAGGUGGAGGGUCUCCUAGCUACACGGUGUACAUAUAUAUUUAUCACUAUUAUUCUAUCUAGCAAUACCUAUAUAUUAUUGUCGAUUGCAAUCAUAACUAGUAGCCUAGUAUCCUUACUCUCUCUAGAUAUUUUUAUUAAAUAUGCUGUAUUGAAAUAUUUGUAGCUUUUGUAUGUUUUAAGGGUAGUAGAUGUAUGUGAUAUCAAUAAUCGAAGGAGACUGAAAUACGAAGGGACUGCUUAUUUUUUUCUGGAAUUAUAUUUUUCCAAAAGCCAUUUCAUAACGGAUUUUUCAUAAAUCUGAACCAACUACUAGACAUGAAAUAAUCAAGUCAUAAAAUUCCUAUAGAAUAUUGCCUAAUAAAAUUCUCUCCUAAUAAAAUAUAUGAAAAAUAAUUUUCCACAAUUUACUCUGAACUUUAUAGGUCUAUCAUAAACAAUAAUGUGAUUUCAACAUGCAAAUUAUUAAGAAAAAAAUGCUUGAUUAGUCGUAAUUCAAAGUAAAAGAUCAAUGUUUUAAUGUUAAAAAUUAGAUAGUCAUAAUUGUCAUUUGAUGAUAAUAAGACAGUCCUAGCACUCAUGUUCUGGCUUGCUUUUGUGAUAAAUCAUUCUAUGUAAUCUCCUAUGAAUAUUGUGUGAUUAGUAAAGUAAAUAUGAUGGAAUCUCUAAA